AUGGGAAACCCUUCGAUGCCUGUUAUAAUCCUAUUGGGAAGGUCGAAGAUGUAUCUAGAGGAGCUAAGCACAUACCUGUCUGCACACUUCCGGGUAGUCCAUUUAGACGAUGAGUUCAGAAUCAUAAGAAGUAAGCUGAGCAAUAUGGACCCGGGUACGGCAUACAUAAUAGAAAACUGUGAAAUGAAGCCACAGAGGUAUGAGAUCUAUUGUCUAGCAAAACGUAACGAGACUUCGUACUGUAUACUGGCUGAUGGAGAGCUUUCAUCUUCAAAGCAUGACACUCCUGUUUUUCACAUCAAGGAAAGACUGCCCACAAAAGAGAUCCUGGACUGCCUUGAAUUCAAGCUCAACUGUAGUGUGGCACACAAAAAAAAAGUUGUUGGCCCGAACUAUUUGAUGCAUCUGAAGAAGAUAAUAAAUCAAGUCAACGAUGAAAUGCCAGAAGGAUCCAGGCCUGUUCUAAAGGACUGUGAAGGUAAGAUCCUAAGGAUGGUCAAGCUUAACCCUUUGGAUCUUGAUGGGAUCGAAGAAGUGUAUAGAGAAAUUGUCCGAUGCGAGUUGGCUACAAGAGGGUUUGACCUCUGA